AUGAGUCAAAUUUAUGACUUCGUUCUCCUCGGAGCCACAGGCUAUACCGGGCAACUUUGCGUCCGGUACAUGGUUGACAAUAUGCCCAGUCAUGUGCGAUGGGCUAUUGCAGGGCGCAACAAGUCUAAGCUCGAAGAAGUGGCGGCGGAAAUGAAGGUGACUGAAGCUGGAGGAGCUCUAAUCGUCUUGGAUCUCUCUUCCGAGUCAGAGAUUGUCAACCUUGCAAAGUCAACUCGUGUUCUGGUCAACAUAAUAGGGCCAUAUGGAACGACCUGUGGCUCCGUGGUCUUCAAGGCUUGCGCUGAACAUGGUACUCAUUAUGUUGACGGCAACAGAGCCGGAGAGCCGGUAUGGCGGCAGGAGAUGAUUGAGAAAUACGAAAAACUGGCCAAGACGUCGGGGUCGAAAAUGGUCAUCACCUGUGGCUGGGGUGCAGUGCCGGCAGACAUAUCGACGUAUUUAGCGGUGACGUCGAUACGGAGGAACUUCUCAUUGCCCACUCUUGAAGUUGUUGGAGCAUUGUACGACAUUAAGGGAAGUGCUAGUGGUGGUGCCGUGGACUCUAUUUCCACCUCUAUUGCGAACAAUUCACUUUCUCGCCUUUUUGCAGCCAUCAAUAUCCACUCCAUCUCCCCGGUUAAACCUGUUGGCAAUCCCAAUGGCAAGAGAAAGGAUGGGCUGCCAAAGGCAAAUGUUUUUGGGGUGCAAACUAUAGAUGGUAUGGGCACAAUGGCCACCCAUUUCCACGAGCCCGUCGACCUACCUCUUGUUGGACGCAGUUGGGGUUUGUACGCGUCUGGAGAUGCCGACGGAACACAAAGUUACGGACCAAAUUUUCGUUUUUCUUCGCGGAUCCGUUGGUCAAAUGCAUUAUUUGCUUGGCUCUUCCGGGUCACCGUUGUCACACUGGCAGCUUCCAUGCUUUUGCCACCGGUUCGAUUCGUCGUUGGCAAGUUAUUUCCGCCUGGUGGCGGCGCAUCAGCGGAGCAACGCCGCAAAUACCACUUUACGUACCGGGCAAUUAGUAUUGCUGACACUACACAUUCGGUAAAGCCAAAAGCUCUAGUCGAGUUCCAUUAUCCCGGAGAUGCGAACGAUUUCACAGCCAUGACCAUGACGGAGGCCGGGUUGUUGCUCCUUGAUGAGCAAAGUUCGCUAAGCAAACGUGAAGGAGGAAUUCUAACGCCUGCAAGCCUGGGGGACGAUUAUGUGAGAGCUUUACAAAGGAAUGGAGUCCAAAUAUCGGUUGAUACAUUGAGGUAG